UUUCUAAAGCUUAGGCUCUGAAUGAAUAUAAAAGGCCAGGCAGUUUGACAGGACAAUGACCUUGGCUAAAUGUUUUCUUUUUUUCUGCUUCUCUGAUGUGGUCUGAUGAUCAGAGGGGCUGUUCAGAUGCCUUGAGUGGUCAGGGGUCAUCAAAGGGCAGCUGUCCACUAUAAAGGGGCCUGUCUGGAGCUCCGUCUGCACAUAGCAUCAUUUCAGCUUGAGACCAGCUGGAGGAAGGAGGGAGAUCUUUGCCUCUCUCUCAUUAUUGCUGGAGCAGAUUUAGUGAGUUUCAGUUGAAAUGGAAGUCCUCACAGUUUUCUGCACAUUCCUCCUCUGCUCUUUUGGAGUUGUUUUCUCCACUCAGGGGCACAGAUAUCACACAAGCCCCGAGGCCAGUUUAGCAUUCAAAAAUCUCUCAGUAAAUCAUCGCAGCAGAUACCCUCUGUACAUGAUGCAGCUGUACCGCUCCUUCAGGACUGCCGAUUCCUCAUGGUCAGUAGCUGUCAACACCAUUCAGACACAAGGUGGCAACCCGUCAGCGCGCAGUUCUGACUCCGUCCUGAGUCUGAUGGCCAGAGGUUGUGAUCAAGUUGGUGACCGAUGGACAGUCACGUUUGACAUGUCAUCCAUCUCUACUAGUGAACUUAUCCAGCUGGCAGAACUUCGGAUCAGACUACCAGCUUUCUCUAGUUCUAAGCGUGCCACUGUGGAUAUAUAUCACUCCAGAAAGCAGAGCUGUGAUACGGACAGCACAUCGUGCCAGGAUGAGCACCUUUUCCUGGGGAGCUUCGGCACAUCACCCAGCAGCACCAAGUCUUCCUGGAAGGUUUUCAAUGUGACUGAUUUGUUAAAAUACUGGCUGUAUCAGGGAGAUGGAGUGUUGAGCCAAGAGGCCUCAGGAGAACCUGAGAUGGACCAUGGGAGCGGUGCUGGGGAUGAAGAGGCGACAACUGCCAAGUCUCUCUUCAAGAAUUUUGGAUUGAGGCAAAGAAAAAUACACCAUCCAACCACGAACCGGGUCAUGAUGGUCAUCUUCUCCAAACAUAAUCUCCCCCGGGAAGGCCAUACAGCAUACAGUCUCAUUCAUACUGUGGAGAACUCCAAGUAUGUGACCAUGGACAGAGUCAGCGGUGACAGUCAAAGUCGACGCCACAAAAGGAACAGAAUGGAGAGGAUGAGGGUGGCUGAUGGAGCUUCACCUACUGCUGCACCAGCAGCAGAGCCGGCUCAGAGGCCGCUGUGUCGGAAGGUGGACAUGUGGGUGGACUUUGACCACAUCGGCUGGGACGAGUGGAUUGUGCACCCUAAACGCUACAAUGCGUAUCGCUGUGAGGGAGAGUGUCCUACACCACUGGAUGAGUCCUUCCGUCCCACCAACCAUGCAUACAUGCAGAGCCUCUUGCGACAUCACCAUCCAGAAAGAGGGUCUUGCCCGUCCUGCGUGCCGACGCGCCUCAGCCCGCUCUCCAUGCUGUACUACGAGAACGAUGACUUGGCCCUGCGGCAUCAUGAGGACAUGAUCGUUGAAGAGUGUGGCUGUCACUGAAGGCUAGCCCGUCACAGCUUUCAGCAGUAACAAGAGCAACUACUGAUGGAGCAUAAUCUUGAACUUUAGGUCAACUGUUUCUUUAUCAUCUUCAUGUAAACAUUAAUGUUCAAAUAUUAAAUGGAGAGUUCUUAGUCAUGGUCUUUUACAAUAAAUGACAGGAUAUGACUGUUAAGUUUGAAUGAAUAUAUUUCAUCCAUACUGGGUGGUACAUAAUAGUAUAAAUAGUAUAUAUGUUUAGUAAGGAGAAAGCUCCAUUAUGCAAAUGUUGUAUGUAUUAUCUAUUUAUACAUUAUAAUGUAUAUUUUGUACAUAAUAUAUGAAAAAAUAUAUUAAAACAUGU